AUGGUCAAUGUGCCCACAACCCGAAGGACUUUCUGUAAAAAGUGUGGAAAGCCUCAGCCUCACAAAGAGACCCAGUAUAAGAAGGGCAAGGAUUCCCUGUAUGCCCAGGGAAAGAGGCGCUAUGAUGGGAAGCAGAGUGGCUACGGUGGCCAGACAAAGCCGAUUUUCCGGAAGGAGACUAAAACCACAAAGACGAUUGUGCUGAGGCUGGAAUGUGUUGAGCCUCACUGCAGAUCCAAGAGGAUGCUGGCCGUUAAGAGAGGCAAGCAUUUUGAACUGGGAGGAGAUGAGAAGAGAAAGGGCCAAGUGAUCCAGUUCUAA